AUGUCACUAAACAUCCUCGCGUCGGGCUCUGAGCUUGAGCUACAGCCAGGCGAGAAUGUCCUCUCUUCGGGCAACACGGCCGAUCUCGAGCUGCGAAUACCAGCCACGAUGGCGGGCCCGAAGCGGACUGACUAUGCCAAGGGUCGGCUAUGGGCCACGAACCAGAGAGUGAUCUUUGUCGGGGAUCAGCCAUUGGCAUCAGGGAGCGGUUCCGCCCCAAUCGCUUCGCUUGUCAUACCUUAUCCGGUACUGGUCUCGAGCAAGUUCAAUCUUCCAUUACUCUCGGCAAACAACAUCACGCUCUCUUUUCUGCCUGAUCCACUUGUCACAGAAACAAAUCUGCCGAGUCCUGGGCGGGGUGCGAGCUUGGAAGCAAAGCUGGUCGUUGGAGAAGGAGCGGGUCAUGGGGUGUGGAAGGUGAUCGAGGGGGAGAGGGCAAGAUGGGAGGCGGAUAGAAGGAGGGGUGAGGAGGAAGCGCUACCGGUAUACGAGGCUUGA